CUCAUCUACUCGCUACCAUUACCAAGUAGUAGCAAGCAGCAAGCUCGCGUCUGGUGCGCCUGCCUGCCACUAGAACUCUACUUACCUCUAAGCGCGGCGCAAUAAUGGGAGGAGGAGGGACGCUGAUGCUGGACCAGCGCUUGGCGGCGGAUGACAAGGUCCUCUUCGGGUUCCCGGCAGGCGAGUGCUUCUUUGGAGAGGGUGACCUCGCCAACCCGGCGCCGGCGACCGAGGAGAUGACUAUGAGCUUCCUCCCCUUGGAUGCGGACGAGAUGAUGAUGAGUGACGACGACGAUGUGGACGGCGUCGAGGAGCUGGAGCGCCGCAUGUGGCGCGACCGCGUGCGGCUGAGGCGCCUCAAGGAGCAGCAGCAGCAGAGCGGCCGCCCUUCCGGCGGCAAGCACGAGGCCAGCCGCAGCAGGCAGCGGCAGUCGCAGGAGCAGGCGCGGCGCAAGAAGAUGUCGCGCGCGCAGGACGGGAUCCUCAAGUACAUGCUCAAGAUGAUGGAGGUCUGCAACGCGCAGGGCUUCGUGUACGGCAUCAUCCCGGAGAACGGCAAGCCCGUCACCGGCGCCUCCGACAACCUCCGCGCCUGGUGGAAGGAGAAGGUCCGCUUCGACCGCAACGGGCCCGCCGCCGCCGCCAAGUACCAGGCAGACACCGCCGCCGCGGGAGGCGGGGCCGCGGACGGGUGCGGAGGCGCCGACGCGGAAGGCCAGCAUCACUCCCUGCACGAGCUGCAGGACACCACGCUGGGCUCGCUGCUCUCCGCGCUCAUGCAGCACUGCGACCCGCCCCAGCGCCGGUUCCCGCUCGAGAAGGGCGUGCCGCCGCCGUGGUGGCCGCUGGCCGCCGUGCCCGGGGACCUCGGCCCACCGCCGUACAAGAAGCCGCACGACCUCAAGAAGGCGUGGAAGGUGGCCGUGCUCACGGCCGUCAUCAAGCACAUGUCGCCCGACGUCGACAAGGCGCGCCGCCUCGUCCGGCAGUCCAAGUGCCUGCAGGACAAGAUGACCGCCAGGGAGAUCGUCGCGUGGCUCGCCGUGCUCAGGCAGGAGGAGGAGCUCUACAUCCAGCUGCACCCUGGCGCCCGCCCGGCGCCGUCCUCCGCCGCCAUGUUCCCCUUCUGCGCCAGCUCCGGCGAGUACGAUGUCGACGGUGAAGACGACACCGGCCGGAACCAGCAGCCAACCUCCAACCCCGCCGCCGCAGCAUUCCUGGACCUUUCGUCGUCGUUCAUGGACGAUGCGGGCCACAACAAAUUCGUCGUGGCCGAGCCCGCGCCGCCGAUUAAGCAGGAGGCCGCCGACGCCGUGUUCUUCCAGAAAAGAAGCGCGCCGGCCGCCGCCGUGGAGCCGGAGCUGAUGCUGGGCGGCAGCUUCCGCCGCGCCUACACAUGCGGCAACGUGCAGUGCUCGCACAGCAGCAGCGCGCAUGGGUUCCUGGACCGCAACACGCGCAACGCGCACCAGUACUCGUGCAUGUUCAACAACAGCGUCGGCCAGACGGCGGCGCUUGGCGGCUUGGACUUGGAUUUGCCCCUGGACGGCCAGAGGUCGCUCGGGGAGCUGAUGGACAUGUACGAGGCCAACGUGGGCAACGUGGACACGGCCGCCCCCGGCCCCGAAGUGCAGCUGCCCGGUCCGUUCCCGACGCCGUGCCGAUUUGGCGACAUCAUCAGCAAUGUGAUACAGCAGAGCGCAGCGGCGGCGGUCUACGUCCGUGACGACGACGCGCAGUUCGGAGGCGACAUCGCCGCCGCGUCACCGGGGCUGAGGUUCGGCUCAGGCCUGGACGUGGCGGGAGGCGGCGGGUUGCAGCAGCCGCACAAGUCCACGGGAUCCAACGGCAGUUGGUUCUACUGACUGCGCAUGCGGCAGAAUCAUGGAUGGAAUGGACAAUGGAGGUUGGAUAUUAGAAUUCACGAGUAGACGACGAGAUCGUCGUGAGUUUUCUCCAGUCUCGUAUUUAAGUAUUUGUAUAAGCCUGCAAAUAUAAUGGGCAAUGGCUGAUGCCGCCGUCCAGACCCAGCCAUGAACCACAAAAUCGUAAUGGGAGCUUCCAUCUUGCUCAACCUAUUAGAACUAAAUAAAAAGUCUCAUAAAAUACUAACUUUUGCCCA